UUUCUCGUUGUUAUAAACCCUGAACUUCCUUUUUUUCCACAGUACGGCUCAGAAUGGAUUUCCCGGUCUUCACCUGCUUUGUUUUCUGUCUGUUUUACAUCUGCUCCGCUUCACCGCCGAAUUUCGUCCUCUUCUUCGCAGAUGAUCUGGGAUUCGGGGACCUGGGCUGUUAUGGGCACCCCAGUUCGCUGACUCCUAACUUAGACCGCCUCGCUGCAGGAGGACUGCGAUUUACAGAUUUUUAUUGCACCAGUCCGGUCUGCAGUCCAUCCAGGGCAUCAUUGCUGACAGGUCGCUACCAGACCCGCUCAGGCAUCUUCCCAGGUGUGUUUUACCCAGGCUCCAUCGGGGGUCUCCCACUGAAUGAGACCACUAUCGCAGAAGUGUUGAAACCUUUAGGGUAUGCCACAGCCGCUGUGGGGAAGUGGCACUUAGGAUAUGGGGCCAAUGGGAUAUUUCUCCCAACCAAACAGGGGUUUGACCAAUACUUAGGAAUCCCAUACUCUCAUGACCAGGGCCCAUGCCACAACUUGACCUGCUUCCCUCCAGAUGUAAAGUGUUUUGGAUGGUGUGAUAUUGGAGUAGUAACCGUCCCGCUGGUCCAUAAUGACAGCAUCAAGCAGCAACCGGUCAACUUCCUUGAUCUGGAAAGGGCAUAUAGGGACUUUGCAACCAAUUUUAUAAUCACAUCUGCCAAGAAAAAACAGCCUUUCUUCCUCUACUAUCCAUCACAUCACACCCACUACCCAUUGUAUGCAGGUACCGGAGCUGCAGGACACUCUUUGAGAGGUCCAUUUGGUGAUUCCCUCUUUGAGUUUGACACCACAAUAGGAAACCUGAUGGCAACCCUGGAGGAGAUGGGCGUGAUCAACAACACACUAGUGUUCUUCACUUCUGACAAUGGGCCUGAACUGAUGCGAAAGUCUCGUGGAGGAAACUCAGGCCUCCUGAAAUGUGGCAAAGGUACAACCUAUGAGGGAGGCAUGAGGGAGCCAGCCAUUGCAUUCUGGCCGGGGGUCAUCAAACCAGGGGUGACCCAUGAGAUGGCCAGCACUCUGGAUAUCCUCCCAACCAUUGCGAGUCUGGCGGGAGCCAAGCUACCCCCAGUGGUACUGGAUGGGUUUGAUAUGAAAGAUGUCCUGUUUCAAAAUGGAAAGAGUAAAAGGGAGGUAAUGAUGUUCUACCCCACAGAUCCUAAUGAAAAACUUGGACUGUUUGCGCUAAGAUUGGGGAAGUACAAGGCCCACUUCUACACUCGAGGUGCCACCCACAGUGCUACCACCCCUGAUCCUGAUUGUUCCGGGAUCGCAGUCCUCAAGGCCCAUGAUCCACCUCUGAUUUUUGACCUGGAGGCUGACCCCUCGGAGCGCUACCCUCUCCCACUGGAGGGGAGACCCGACAUCCAAGCCGUGCUGGCGCAGAUAGAGACAGUCAAGGCGCAGUUUGAGGCUACCAUGGUCUUUGGAGAGAGCCAGAUAUCAAAGGGAGUGAACCCAGAUCUUGAGCCCUGCUGCACUCCCAGAUGUAGCCCCAAACCAACCUGCUGCCACUGUUGAUUGUGGUGUUGAGGGGGAGGUUAAAUUUACCCCUGAACCUAAAGAUCAAAGUACAUUAAGGGUUAUGUGAAGUUUGCACUUAUCUGCUACUUUUAGCUUUUGGAGAAUGAAUCUUCUCUUGCUACUGAAAAGGGAUAUUACAACAUUUUCCUCAAUGAGAUGUUCUUUUUAUUAACAUUGACUUUUAAUACUGUAUGUUCUCCAACUUGAAUAAUGAUGUUUGAAGAUUUGUAUGAUAAUUGUCACCUUGAUAUUCCUACAUAAGAAUGUUUAUGUGAAAUCGUUUGCAAGCUCAAUAAAGACAACAAACAAAG